CAAAAAAUAGAACGAAAGUUAAUGCAAGUGCGAAGAGUACUCUAUUCCUGUUCUUAAAGGAAAUUGCCUAAUUUCCCGAUUUAGCUCCGUUCACAAUGUCUAAUUACUCUCAGUUUCAUAUUUGCAACUGUUUGAGUGGCCUUGCCCACCGCAAGCGGAAUUCCGUCGUCACCGUCUUCGGCAACCGCCGCAGAACCGGUGAGCAAUUCGUUCGUGGCGUGUUGAGUUUGGCGCGUGGACUGCUUCGGCUAGGCCUCCGCUCCGGUGACAUUGUUGCUGUCUCCGCUUUUAACAGUGACUUGUAUUUAGAGUGGUUACUUGCUGUUGCAUACAUUGGAUGCAUAGCUGCUCCUUUAAAUUAUCGAUGGAGUUUCAAAGAAGCAAGGUUGGCAAUGGCAACUAUAAGACCGGUAAUGUUGGUUACUGAUGAGAGUUGCAGUCAUUGGUACUCGGAACUGCAGUGUAAUGACUUACCUUCUCUGCAAUGGCACGGGUCUUUGGGCUCCUCUUGCUCUGAUUUCAUGAAAACAUGGAGCAUAUUAACUACCGAUAUGAUUAAGGAGCACUGUCUAACAUCUCCACCACUGAAUUAUUCCUGGGCACCUGGGGGUGCUGUUAUUAUAUGCUUCACUUCAGGAACCACUGGAAGGCCUAAGGGAGUUACAAUAAGCCAUUCAUCUUUAGUUGUACAAUCUCUUGGAAAAAUUGCCAUCAUUGGCUACAGUGAGGAUGAUGUUUACUUGCAUACUGCCCCAUUGUGCCACAUUGGUGGUUUGUCCUCUGCCAUGGCCAUGCUAAUGAUAGGAGGUUGCCAUGUGUUGCUUCCCAAGUUUGAAGCUAAGUCAGCCCUUGAAGCCAUAGAACAACACCUUGUGACUUCUCUAAUCACUGUCCCUACCAUAAUGGCAGAUUUGAUCACCCUGAUUAGGAAGAAGGAGAUUUGGAAGGGAAAGGACAGUGUAAGGAAGGUACUAAAUGGAGGUGGGAGUCUGUCAGUUGAGCUUAUCAAAGAUGCUAUCAAAUAUUUCCCUGGAGCUAAGCUUUUUUCAGCUUAUGGAAUGACAGAGACAUGCUCAUCACUGACCUUCAUGACCAUCAAUGACCCAGCACUUGAAACACGUGGCCAGCUACUUGAGACAUUUGGUAAAACAAAACGGAAUUCUGUUCACCAACCACGAGGUGUGUGCGUUGGCAAGCCUGCACCAUAUGUCGAAUUAAAUAUCCGCAUUGAGGGAUCUUCUGAUGUUGGAAGAAUUUUGACAAGAGGUCCUCAUGUAAUGCUAAGAUACUGGGAUCAUGUUUCAGCGAAGCCAUCAAAAUCUGAUGAUGAGGCUUGGUUUGACACUGGUGACAUUGGACACAUUGAUAAUUGUGGUAAUUUAUGGCUACUUGGGCAAAGAGGUGGUCGUAUCAAGAGUGGUGGGGAGAAUAUUUACCCUGAAGAGGUGGAGAUGAACCUACUACAACAUGAAGGAGUUAUUGCAGUUGUUGUCGUGGGAAUCCCUGAUACUCGCUUGAUGGAGAUGGUAGUUGCAUGUGUUAAAUUAAGAGAAAAUUGGCAAUGGUCUGAUAAUGAUAGUGGACAAACUGCCGAAAAUAAACAGCUAUAUUUAUCUAGUGAGGUUCUGAAACAACAUUGCCGAGAAAAUAAUUUAACCGGGUUUAAAAUACCAAAGGUAUUUAUUCAAUGGAGGAAACCAUUUCCACUCACCACAGCUGGGAAAAUAAGAAGGAAUCAAGUUCAAAGAGAAGUUAUGUCUCACUUCAAAUCCCUGCCUAGCAAUCUCUGAUAAUCCCAGUUUUAAGUGCGAUUGUGGGAAAUUUCAACUUUCUCAAAUUUCAUGUACCCAUGUCGCGACUGUUACACGAUUCAAUAAUCUUUUAGACCGUUUCAAAUGGGCCAACAUAUAUUACUCCACAAAUUAUUUACAAGUAGUGUAUAGAAAAGAUAUUAAUUCGGUUGGCCAUCAAUCAAUUUGGGCACUAUCCAAUAUGCGGACAAUUUAUCCGUCCCAAAUGCAAUGAAGACAAUCCAGUCAUUUGUCCAACUAUGUUAGGUGACCAUCACAAGAAAAGGAAGUUCAACCACGAAACUACAAUCAAUGUCAUCAACUUGGUCAUAAUCGAUUGCAUUAUCUGAGUCUAGUUCUGAUGCUUGUUGUUGGCUCAUCCUACACAUUAGGUAGCAGUAAAGGAUGAGGUCGUCGUACCGAUGGGGUAACCCAACCGACAAAAUAGAAUAUUAUGAUUUUUUUUCUUUAUUUAUGAUCUAUUUUCUUUAUCAUAGUUGUCUUUUGUCACUGUAUAAUCAUAUUAAUGUCACAAUGGUUUAUUAUGAUAUUAUGAGAAUCAUGAUUAAUUGUUAAUUAUUUACUGAUGUUUUAAUUACAAGUUACACGAAAUCUAUAUGUAUAUUAAUGAAAAGGUUAUCAUUUUCUAUGUAGCAAAGCCACUUGUUCUAUGUUACAAGUUAUUUUUUAGUUGUAAUGUACAAGUGAUUUGUUAUACAGAGACUAUAGCUUUUUCUAAUGCAUUUCUUUUUUGGAUUUACAACAUC